ACGAAGCCCACCGCGCCUUAACGGCACCCAACCGGGACGACGCCGAAGCCCACCCCCCCUUCCCAAAAGCCGGCGAGACCUUAGCCGUCGCCGCGUCCGGCGGGAAGGACUCGACCGUCCUGGCGCAUCUCCUGCGACGCUUGGAACGCCGGCACGCUUACGGUUAUCGCUUGGCGCUGGUUUCGGUAGACGAAGGUAUCGCCGGUUACCGGGAGGCGGCGCUGGGGGCCGUCCGGCGCGGGCGGGGGGAUUUGCCGUUACUGGUCGUCUCCCACCGGGAACUUUUCGGAUGGAGCGUGGACGAGGUGGCGGCGCGGCUGGGCGGUGGGAGCCGGUGCACUUUCUGCGGCGUUUUCCGGAGGCAGGCGCUGGAGAAGGGAGCCAGGUUGCUGGGGGUCGACUGGAUCGUUACAGGUGAGCGGCUGGGGGGGCACUGGGAGGCACUGGGAGGUGAUCCCGCGGGCCACCGGCGAGCCCCUUCGGUUGCCCCGUGGCCGGCGGUGCCGCGGUGCAAGCCGUUGCGGCACGCCUACGAGAAGGAGAUCGUCCUCUACGCCUACUUCGAAGGGUUGGACUACGUCAGCACCGAGUGCGUCUACGCCCCCCACGCCUACCGCGGCUACGCCCGGACCCUCCUCAAAGAUUUGGAAGCCACCCGGGCUAGUACGGUAGCCGCCUUGGGUCAUUCGGGCCGACGGCUAGCGGUGGCGGCCGAGGUGGCCACCAAAACGUUGGGGGCGUGCGGGAGGUGCGGGUUCGCCGCCAGCCAACCCCUGUGCAAGGCGUGCGUGCUCUUGGCGUCCCUCGAACGUGGGCUACCGCGGUUGGGCUUGGGCAAGCGGGCGUUGGAGUUGGCCGGCGGGGCCGGUGGCUACUGGGAU